UCCCUUCCGAUUUUGACUCUCCAGAUGAAACUUGCAUGCAGUGAAGUGAGGAUACAACAGCUCUGAAUGAGGAGAUUUUCCCCUUCACAUGUCAUGAUCCGAUGAAGGUUCUGCAGGUAGCUCCUUGGGCUUAACAAGUUCUUGGAAUGACUGCAUUUGAGUCUGAAGCCGAAUUGCCUGAACACAAGCAAUUUAAAAAACAGUCGAAAUCUUCUACACACAGCCUCAACAACAUACUCGGACUCUCUGGGACUGACCCACGGGCUGCGUGUCUGUUACCUUGAGCCAGGUGGAUGUAACUGUUCUCUAGAAGCCCUUCCCACGGCACGCAUCUGCACCCAGGGUGUGUAGCAGAAACCCACAGAAUGGGUCUCAAGGUGUUUGUGCCUUUUAGUCCUUGGAACCGGUUGCUAUUUCUAGUGGCCCUUGUAGGUUCUGAAGCAUCUUCUUCUUUGAAUGAAUCUGGAAAUUCCCCUGCCCAGCAUGCACCUAAGUCUUGGUUUGCUGCUUCCAGCUCAAUGCCAGAUGAAAGGAUAUCUGUUUUUGAACUGGAUUAUGAUUAUGUGCAAAUUCCUUAUGAGGUUACCCUCUGGAUACUGCUAGCAUCUCUUGCAAAAAUAGGCUUCCACCUUUACCACCGACUGCCGGGCCUCAUGCCCGAAAGCUGCCUUCUCAUCACCGUGGGCGCUCUGGUGGGCAGCAUCAUCUUCGGCACCGACCACAAGUCGCCCCCGGUCAUGGACUCCAGCAUCUACUUCCUGUAUCUCCUCCCGCCCAUCGUGCUGGAGAGCGGUUACUUCAUGCCCACACGGCCCUUCUUUGAGAACAUCGGCUCCAUCCUGUGGUGGGCAGGCCUGGGUGCCCUGGUCAACGCCUUCGGCAUCGGCCUGUCGCUCUACCUGGUCUGCCAAGUCAGGGCCUUUGGCCUUGGUGACAUCAGCCUGCUGGAGAACCUGCUGUUCGGCAGCCUCAUCUCCGCCGUGGACCCCGUGGCGGUGCUGGCCGUGUUCGAGGAGGCGCGGGUGAACGAGCAGCUCUACAUGAUCAUCUUCGGAGAGGCCCUUCUCAAUGAUGGCAUUAGCGUGGUCUUAUACAAUAUAUUAAUUGCCUUCACAAAGAUGCAUAAAUUCGAAGACAUAGAACCUGUCGACAUUUUGGCUGGAUGUGCCCGAUUCAUCAUUGUGGGGUGUGGGGGAGUAGUUUUUGGCAUCAUUUUUGGAUUUAUUUCUGCAUUUAUCACACGUUUCACUCAGAAUAUCUCUGCAAUCGAACCGCUCAUCGUCUUCAUGUUCAGCUAUCUGUCUUACUUAGCUGCAGAAACACUCUAUCUCUCUGGCAUCCUGGCAAUCACAGCCUGUGCGGUGACAAUGAAAAAGUAUGUGGAAGAAAAUGUGUCCCAGACAUCUUACACGACCAUCAAGUAUUUCAUGAAGAUGCUGAGCAGUGUCAGUGAGACCUUGAUCUUCAUCUUCAUGGGCGUAUCCACCAUUGGGAAGAACCAUGAGUGGAACUGGGCCUUCAUCUGCUUCACUCUGCUCUUCUGCCAGAUCUGGAGAGCCAUCAGCGUAUUUACCCUCUUCUAUGUCAGUAACCAGUUUCGGACUUUUCCCUUCUCCAUCAAGGACCAGUGCAUAAUUUUCUACAGUGGUGUUCGAGGAGCUGGAAGUUUUUCACUAGCAUUUCUGCUUCCUCUGUCUCUUUUUCCUAGGAAGAAACUAUUUGUCACUGCCACGCUAGUAGUUAUAUAUUUUACUGCAUUUGUUCAGGGCAUCACAAUUGGUCCUCUGGUCAGGUACCUGGAUGUCAGAAAGACCAAUAAAAAAGAAUCCAUCAAUGAAGAGCUUCAUACCCGUCUGAUGGAUCACUUGAAGGCUGGAAUUGAAGAUGUGUGUGGGCAGUGGAGCCACUACCAAGUGAGAGACAAGUUCAGAAAGUUUGAUCAUAGAUAUUUACGGAAAAUCCUAAUCCGAAAGAACCUGCCCAAAUCAAGCAUCGUUUCUUUGUACAAGAAGCUGGAAAUGAAACAAGCUAUUGAGAUGGUAGAGACUGGGAUUCUGAGUUCUACAGCUUUUUCCAUAUCCAAUCAGGCCCAGAGGAUACAAGGAAUCAAAAGACUUUCCCCUGAAGAUGUGGAGUCCAUGAGAGAUAUCCUGACACACAACCUGUACCGAGUUCGGCAGAGGACCCCAUCCUACAACAAAUACAACCUCAAACCCCAAACAAGUGAGAAGCAGGCUAAAGAGAUUCUCAUCCGUCGUCAGAACACCUUGAGAGAAAGCAUGAGGAAAGGCCACAGCUUGCCCUGGGCAAAGCCGGCUGGCACCAAAAACAUCCGCUACCUCUCUGUUCCCUACAGCAACCUGCAGCCACCAGAGAGGGACCCAAGAGCUCCUGAGUCCACAGAUGGCGACGGGAGUGACCCAGAAUUCCCACCCAUCACUUUCCACGCACACUCUCAGACAGGGUUGCUGCAGGAAAGACGACUGACACAAGAGCUGAUCCCGAUGAGGAACUUACACAGAGGAGGGAAGGCAUUCGGCUCUGGUUAUGAAGGAAACAGAAGCCGGGAAGAGCACGCUGGCAGAGGCAGGAGGGCAGUUCUAAGGCCCAGGCCUCUGUUCCAUGCAGUAGAUGAGGAGUAUGAAUCUGGAGAGGAGGCUGAGGGUGAGGCCUCAGUCGCUGGAUCCAGCUGGACAGCUGAGCAUGGACACAACAGGGGACACCAUGAGUCCCACAGUCCUUUGCUCCAAAGAAAAUAA